AUGUCGUUAAAUCGGUUUCUCUUCACUUCCUUCUCGUUCUUUCUCUUCUUCAUCGUCCAUUUCGCAUCGUCUGCAACUUUGCCAACACAAGAAGGGGAGGCUUUUAAAGUUGUACUAACCACAUUGAAAAAGACGAAUAUUGAUUUAAAUGUGGAUCCAUGCGAAGUCUCAUCUACUGGAAAUGAAUGGUCAACCAUCAGCAGAAAUUUGAAGAGAGAAAAUCUUCAAGGGUCUCUUCCAAAAGAGUUAGUGGGACUUCCUUUACUGCAAGAGAUUGAUCUCUCAAGAAACUAUCUCAAUGGUUCCAUCCCUCCUGAAUGGGGAGUCUUGCCACUUGUCAACAUUUGGCUUCUCGGAAACCGAUUAACAGGUCCAAUCCCUAAGGAGUUUGGAAACAUUACAACUCUUACUAGCCUUGUCUUGGAAGCCAAUCAACUUUCAGGAGAAUUACCUCUUGAGCUAGGGAAUCUACCAAACAUUCAACAAAUGAUUCUUAGCUCGAAUAACUUUAAUGGUGAAAUUCCAUCUACAUUUGCAAAACUAACCACCUUGAGAGAUUUUCGUGUAAGUGACAACCAGUUGUCAGGAACAAUUCCAGAUUUCAUCCAAAAAUGGACUAAGCUUGAGCGACUGUUUAUUCAAGCAAGUGGUUUAGUUGGACCAAUUCCCAUUGCCAUUGCUUCUCUCGUAGAGUUAAAAGACUUGAGAAUCAGCGAUUUGAAUGGACCCGAAUCUCCAUUUCCACAGUUAAGGAACAUAAAAAAGAUGGAGACAUUAAUUCUUAGGAACUGCAAUCUCACAGGAGACUUACCUGAUUAUCUUGGAAAGAUUACCUCCUUCAAAUUCUUAGAUCUUAGCUUCAAUAAAUUAAGUGGAGCCAUCCCUAACACUUAUAUUAAUCUUAGAGACGGAGGUUACAUAUAUUUUACAGGAAACAUGUUAAACGGGUCGGUUCCAGAUUGGAUGGUAAAUAAAGGAUAUAAAAUUGAUCUUAGUUACAACAAUUUCUCAGUAGAUCCAACCAAUGCAGUAUGCAAGUACAAUAAUGUACUUUCAUGCAUGAGAAACUACCAAUGUCCUAAAACUUUCAAUGCUCUUCAUAUAAACUGUGGUGGGGAUGAAAUGUCUAUCAAUGGGACAAUAUAUGAAUCUGAUAAGUACGAUAGACUGGAGAGUUGGUACGAAAGUCGAAAUGGAUGGUUCUCAAACAACGUAGGAGUCUUCGUAGACGAUAAACAUGUUCCCGAGAGAGUAACCAUCGAGUCUAACUCAUCCGAGCUCAAUGUGGUUGAUUUUGGUCUGUAUACGCAAGCUCGCAUAUCAGCUAUCUCACUCACUUACUAUGCAUUGUGUUUAGAAAAUGGAAAUUACAACGUUAAUCUCCAUUUCGCCGAGAUUAUGUUCAAUGGUAACAACAAUUAUCAAAGCUUGGGUAGACGGUUUUUCGACAUAUACAUUCAGAGGAAGCUCGAGGUUAAAGAUUUCAAUAUCGCCAAGGAGGCAAAAGAUGUUGGAAACGUUGUUAUUAAGACAUUUCCGGUCGAGAUAAAAGAUGGAAAGUUGGAGAUACGAUUGUAUUGGGCCGGGAGAGGAACUACAGUCAUUCCCAAAGAACGUGUUUAUGGUCCUCUCAUAUCAGCUAUAUCAGUGGAUUCAAGUGUUAAUCCAUCUCCUAGAAAUGGUAUGAGUACUGGUACUCUCCAUACAUUGGUAGUGAUCUUAUCCAUUUUCAUUGUGUUUCUCGUAUUUGGAACUCUAUGGAAAAAAGGUUACUUGAGAUCGAAAAGCCAAAUGGAAAAAGAUUUCAAAAGUUUGGAACUCAUGAUUGCUUCUUUCUCGUUGAGGCAAAUCAAAAUCGCUACAAACAACUUUGAUUCUGCAAAUAGGAUUGGAGAAGGCGGCUUUGGUCCUGUAUACAAGGGAAAGUUAUUUGAUGGAACAAUAAUCGCAGUGAAACAACUUUCGACAGGAUCAAAACAAGGGAACCGCGAGUUCUUGAACGAGAUUGGCAUGAUUUCAGCUCUGCACCACCCUAAUCUGGUUAAACUAUAUGGAUGUUGCGUUGAAGGAGGCCAACUUUUAUUAGUCUAUGAGUUUGUAGAAAACAACAGUCUCGCUCGAGCAUUGUUUGGUCCUCAAGAAACUCAGUUGAGAUUGGACUGGCCUACAAGACGGAAGAUCUGUAUCGGAGUGGCGAGAGGGCUAGCAUAUCUACACGAAGAAUCGAGGCUAAAGAUUGUACACAGAGACAUCAAAGCCACUAAUGUGUUGCUAGACAAACAACUGAAUCCGAAAAUAUCAGACUUUGGUCUUGCCAAGCUUGAUGAAGAGGACAGCACUCACAUUAGCACUCGAAUCGCUGGAACAUUUGGUUACAUGGCUCCGGAGUACGCCAUGAGAGGCCAUUUGACAGAUAAAGCUGACGUUUACAGCUUUGGUAUAGUAGCUCUAGAGAUUGUUCAUGGAAGAAGCAAUAAAAUAGAACGAUCCAAAAACAAUACCUUCUAUCUUAUUGACUGGGUGGAGGUUUUGAGAGAGAAGAAUAAUCUGUUGGAACUGGUGGAUCCAAGACUAGGAUCAGAAUAUAACAGAGAAGAAGCAAUGACCAUGAUCCAAAUUGCGAUAAUGUGUACAAGCUCAGAACCUUGUGAGAGACCGUCAAUGUCAGAAGUGGUGAAGAUGUUAGAAGGUAAGAAGAUGGUGGAGGUGGAGAAACUUGAAGAAGCUUCAGUCCAUAGAGAAACAAAGAGACUUGAAAACAUGAACACGAUGAAGAAGUACUACGAAAUGAUAGGGCAAGAGAUAAGUACAAGCAUGAGCAUGAUCAUGAGUGAUCGUAGUGAAUCAUCAGCAGAUCAUUAG